AUGCCGUCUAUGCAAAUGUUUGGACGUAGAUGGCUUGCUGGUACAGAUGACUUGGUGUUCCCGGGAUUAUUGGAACUUUUAAUGCGGGGAAUAUGGCUGACAUUGAUGAGUUGUGUGUUGUGUCGCUACUAUCAAUGGACAUUCAAUUGUUCGACUGGCGGCCUCUUGGUCAGAGUCUACUUGAUUGGGAUAGUUGCAAUGCAUUCCAUAAUCAUUCUACUUGUGAUGGUUUUGGUGAAUCGGAGUGCCCAGGGUGCUAUAUACGACACAAAAGCUAGACGUGUCGUUCCACAUCUACUAGUUGCCAAGAUCAUUUUACUCUUACCAGAGAUCGCAUUAAAUGUGCUUGGAACUAUAUGGACCUAUACAAAUUGUAUACAAUGCGAUAAUGAACACUUUACGAGUACUGUAGUGGAAAUUGGAGUUCUAUUCAAUUGGGUUAUGUUGGGAGGUUUGAUAUUUGUACUAGCCAUGGUGUUGGAUCCAGUUGGAUCGUUAAAACUUCAAGAAGGAUCCAAUGGUAAUGUAGAUACAGAGAUGGUGUUACACCGAAAAGUCACUCGUAUUUGGGUGAGACGCUUUAGAUGGUUCUUUUGUUGGCUGAUUAGAGAUGAACAUUCGCAUGAAGCGUUUUCUCAAGUAGCCGGAUUGAUGAGUUCUAUGUUUAGAAAUACAGAUAUUGUACCAUCAGACUUUAUUGCUGGUUUUGUGUUAUUGAGAGUAAAACAAAAGCGUGAGUCUAGAGAACAAAGACGACUUGCACUCUUAGCUGAACAAAGAUACAAUUGUACCUCUAUUGUAAAUGAAUGUUUUACUGGAAAACCAAAUUGGAUGUGUCUUAAAAAAGCUAGGCAUUACCUCCAAUUAUCUGUUGCUAUUUAUGGUUGGCCGUUUUUGAUUUAUCGUUAUUGUAUAACAGGAUUAUUUAAAAUGAUGCCCAAGUUUUUUUGCUGCGCUUGCUUUAGAACUAAACCAACUGUGGUCAAAGAGGAUAACUGCUGUCUGUGUAACUUUGCAGCAAUUCGAUAUUUGUCAAAAUUACAUUCUAAAGAUAUUUUGUUUGCUUCAUUUGUCAACCAUAUAUUUGAAUUACCAUUUUUCGUAACUGUUGAUCAUGAAACCAGUAGUAUAGUAAUUGCUAUAAGAGGAUCAUUGUCAGUGCGAGAUAUAUUUACGGAUUUGACUGCCAUAGUAGAAAAAUUAGACGCUUAUGGUGUUCCACCUGACAGCUAUGCUCAUAAAGGAAUGUUAUGCAGUGCAAAGUAUAUUAAAAAGGAAUUAGAAGAUCAUAAUGUUAUAGAAAAGGCUUAUACCAAUUUUCCAGAAUACAACCUUGUAAUCACAGGACAUAGCUUAGGGGCAGGUACUGCAGUGCUCUUAGCAUUUUAUAUGCGACCACUCUAUCCCAAUCUCAAAGUGUAUGCCUUUGCUACACCAGCUGGAUUAUUGAGUCGGGAAGCAGCACGAAUAGCUGAAGACUUCACUUUGUCCGUAGGUAUUGGUGAUGAUAUGGUUAUGCACAUGACAAUUGAUAAUGCUGAAGAUUUACGUACAAACAUGUUACAAGUUCUACAAUCAUGUAGAUUACCAAAAUACCGGGUAUUUCUAAAUGGCUUUGGCUAUGCAUUAUUUGGCGUACCAUCGAGGGACCUUGAAUCUACAUGGCGUCAUCGGACUACUUCAGAAAUGCAUAACUCUCCACUACUAUCUACGCAUUCACCUGUUCUGUCUAUGAUUACACAGAAUGAUGGCUUCCCAACUGAUACCAUUAGUAAUCAUCAUCUAGUCCCUACAACGUCAUCAUAUCCUAAUGACCAAAUAAUUUCUAUUUCACCUACUUAUAAUGAAUUAGCUGUCAGAAGGUACUCAAAAAUUCGUUUGUAUACACCUGGUCAUAUAUUACACAUAACUAAGAAAAAGAAAAGUAAAGAACAGAAAAAAGCUGAUAAAAAAUCUGGCACAAACAGUAAUGAAUAUAAUUAUGAAAUGCGAUGGGCCUCACCUGAAGAUUUUAAAGAACUGAGAGUAAUGCCUCGUAUGCUAUUGGAUCAUUUGCCGGAAAAUGUUUUAAAAACUCUUGACAAUGUGCUUGAAGAACAAAGAACAGAAAUCGGAUUUGAUUUAGCUCAAUUAACUAUGAUCUAA